GGGGGGGGGGAGAGAGAGACAAAGAGGGAGGAGGGCCAAGCCAAGGCGCAGAAUUACGUCGGGUGGGGAGGGGGAGGCUAAAGCAGCCCUUUCUCCUUCGGCCAGGCGGCUCCCCGCAGGAUCCAGAGAAAGACGGGCGAGACGGACAAAGAGAGCGAAUCGCCCAUGGGGAAAGGCGGGGAGCAAGGCGAAGAAUGCGGCGGCGGCGGCGGCGGCGAACGGGAGGCGCCCAUCCCUUCGUACACCUGGGAAGAGAUCCAGAAGCAUAACCUGAGCACGGACAAGUGGUUGGUGAUCGAGCGAAAGGUGUACAACAUCACCCAGUGGGCCAAAAGGCACCCGGGGGGGAUCCGCGUGAUCAGUCACUACGCCGGCGAAGAUGCCACGGAUGCAUUUCGGGCCUUUCAUCCAGAUAUCACCUUUGUAAAGAAGUUUCUUAAGCCAUUAUUGAUUGGAGAACUUGAUCCAGGAGAACCCAACCAAGAUAGAGGAAAGAAUCCUCAGCUGAUAGAAGAUUUCCGUGCUCUGAGAAAGACAGCUGAGGACAUGAAGCUAUUCAAAAGCGAUCCUGUAUUUUUCUCCCUUUAUUUGGGUCACAUCAUUGUGAUGGAAAUUUUGGCUUGGUUAAUGGUAUCAUAUUGUGGGACGAGUUGGAGUAUAACCUUUGUACUUUCCAUCAUCCUUACAGUCUCUCAGGCCCAGGCUGGGUGGUUGCAGCAUGACUUUGGACAUCUCUCUGUAUUUCAGAAGUCUGUAUGGAACCAUAUAGUUCAUAAGUUUGUGAUUGGUCACUUGAAGGGUGCUUCAGCAAAUUGGUGGAAUCACCGGCACUUUCAGCACCAUGCAAAGCCAAAUAUCUUUAAGAAAGACCCAGAUGUGAACAUGCUGCAUCUCUUUGUCUUGGGAGACACCCAGCCUGUGGAGUAUGGAAAGAAGAAGCUGAAAUACUUCCCUUAUAACCAUCAACAUGAAUACUUCUUUUUGGUUUUUCCACCUCUCCUUAUUCCAGUCUAUUUUCAAAUGCAAAUCUUCACAACAAUGUUCAAACACAAGUUCUGGGUGGACUUGGCAUGGGCUUUCAGCUACUAUGUACGCUACUUUAUCACCUACAUCCCAUUUUAUGGAUUACUUGGGUCCUUGCUUCUCCUCACCUUUGUCAGAUUUAUGGAAAGCCAUUGGUUUGUUUGGGUUACUCAGAUGAAUCAUAUUCCAAUGGAAAUUGACAAUGAGAAGCACAGAGACUGGCUCAGCUCCCAGUUGGCAGCUACCUGCAAUAUUGAGCAGUCUUUUUUCAAUGACUGGUUCAGUGGACAUUUGAACUUUCAAAUAGAGCACCACUUGUUUCCUACAAUGCCACGCCACAACUACCACAAGAUAGCACCAUUGGUAAAGUCCCUGUGUGCCAAGUAUGAAGUUCCUUAUGAAGAAAAACCUCUUCUGAGAGCAUUUGGAGAUAUCGUAGGAUCCCUAAAGAAAUCUGGAGCGCUGUGGUUGGAUGCUUACCUCCAUAAAUGAAGCUGGAUUUCGGUGAAGAGAAUGACUUAGCAAAGGGGAGGGCUGGGGAAAGGGGCUAUAAUUUUUUAAAUCAUCGGUAAGUCAAUUUCAGUUUUAUUCAAUGGGAUUUAUUCAAUAACACCUUCUGAUUUUAUUAUAGCAGAAAUCUCCAACCUUUCUGGCUCCACAGAGCAGCAGCAGUGGCAGUGGGGGGGGAGGGGAUGGUUUUGUGUGCGUAACCUAAUCCUGCACAGGCGCAAAUGAAACUUUGUGCGCUUGCCCGCCACUUGUGCUGCAUGUUCCCAAUAGACCCCAGACCAGUACCAGCCCAUGGCCCAGAGGUUGGAGAAUCCUGUAUUAUAAACAUCAAUAACUCAAAGACUUCCUUCACCCCUUCAUCAAACAUUUAUUUUAAGGUAGCCAUUAGGUGCCCUCUAGUGUUGAACUUUCAAAGUCAUCUUAUCCGUUUCAAAGUAUAAACAAGAGCAUUUUCCCAUGAAAGAGGAUCCUUUCAAUUAGAUUCAGUCUUAAAUCAAGUCAACUUCAUCCCUUGAGCCAUUUAAAUUUUUCUAAACCCAGCAGUAAUUAUUAUGUUGCUGUAUAAUAAAAAUGUUACAAAUCUUAAACUUGAGGUUAAACUUUUUUAAAAAAGAAUUGAGGGAAGCUCACUUGUAAUUUCAAUAAAAUUUGCCAGACUGAAAGUUCUCAAUCUUUUUAAAAAAAUGGCCAAAUGGGAGAAAAAUUAAAUACAAAGUGAUUAAGAGAUGAACCUCAGUCCAAUAUAUGGUCCAUAUAGACAAUAUUAGUGCUCUAAGCACAAAGAAAUCUCACGACUUACAAUUCAUAAUGAGUUGAUCACAAAAAAUAUGCAUUUCCUGCUGUCUGCUCACAAAAACAGCUGUGUGGGGUACAUGGCAGUAAUAUGGCAAUCUCUCUUUACUUUGGAGAGAUGUUGGCAGCACAAAAGCAUUUGGAUGCCAUUUUUAGCCACAACAUGUUUCUCUAACAUCAGUUUGCCAUGAUGGUUCACUGGAAGCUUGAAAGUUUGGGUUAACUCUCAAAGAAUACAUCUCAAAUUGUAGUCAAAAUUGUUCCUAAUGUCUCUUCAUUGCUUCUUGAUUAUUGGCAAGCAAUGGAAUUCCUACUUGCCACCCUGCAUAUAACUACCACAAUAGUGGUUUUAACCUUAAUUACUGACGAGACUUUUUAUUAUGAAUCUGAGAAUCUCUGGUUCCAGAAUUAGCAGAAACAGUCCAUAUUUUGUAGCCUUUUUAGAAUAUAAUAUAGGGAGUGAGUAAACAUUAAAUUACGGAUAACACAAUACUUUGCCUUAAUCCAGACUUUUCCUAUCUGAUGUCCUUCAGAAGUUUGGAGCCAGAGCCUUUGGCUUUCCUAGAUUGGAAAUGGGAGUUGAAGUUUUGGAGGGUAGCAGAGAAAGACUGUCUUAAUCUCUCAGGGCAUGACCCAGCCAAAGUUAAAUGUGAGCAAUUUAAGCACAUAAUUUAGCAUUGACUCAUAUAAGUGUUGGCAUUUGGCUUAGUCAUGCCUGCCUAGUUCCAUGAAUGUACUUCAUUUUCUUUGUUUCUACAGGAAUGAGCACAAAAAUAAAGGUCCUGUAGCAUCUCUUAUGCAGUCUUCCAAUUGGACAGCUCACUUAAUCUGAAGGCUUCUGAUUUCUUUGUUGUUCUCUCGACCUUUUGUUCAAGAACAAUUCAUUUCUAUCAGAACUUGCAGGAAUUUCCUACAGUUUUGUUCCACUCCAGCCACCUUGCAUUGCCUGGCUAUUUUCUAUUUGUUUAACUCAAGAGGAGCCCCAGAAUGUUAGGAUUUCAGCUUUCUCGAUUCAAUGGCUUUAUUCUUACCAGGUUAUUAAUUUUUUAAAAACAUAUCUAUAAAAAACCCUGCACUGCCAGCAGUUUUGGGGAAAGGCAGCUGCAUCUAAUGAUAGCACCUCUAGGUAAGAAUCAUUUUUAAAAUAAACAGCAAUGUUGCUGGGACAAUCCACAAAAGAAGGGGCCAAUACACAGUUGUACAUAACAAUUUUUGCAAAUAUAACAGCCCCACUAGAAUAAGAUAGGCAGAGGAAAGGAAAUGGUGUGAUAGUUACUUUUCCUUCCUUAACUAAAAACUCAAUGGUUGCUUAAAUUUUCUUGUUUGUGAAAAAACAUUGAAAAUAAAUGGUAGAAAUAAAUUGAAAUAAAAUGGUAGCUUUUGCAUUCAGAGGAGAAGUCUGUUUCAUUGUACAUGUUCUUGGAGAUUAAAAUACUUGGUAAUCACAUGCACACAUUAAUGGGUACAUCUACAUGUCAAUCCAUGUAGAUUAUUAUUAGCUUUAAUAUUGGAUCUUGUGUUCAGGUUUCAAUUUUCUGACAAUUUUUUCUCUCACACUAAUCUGAAUCAAUAGAUUCCAAAGGAGUGUGUGUUUUCUCUGGAUCAGUGGAGCCUUAUAAAAUAUCGCACUAAGCAAGAACAAGCCAUGCAAAAUAUUUGUUCCACUCUACAUUGC